AUGUCAUUUCUUUCGCUUGUCCUUCGAACUUCGAAAAAAAAAAACUACCCAUCUCAAAAAAUGGGCCACCUGAGUUCGUGGGAGAUGUGUAGUACAAACAAAGGACAGGAAGAGAGUUGCGAUUUCCAACACCUCGUUGACGUCGCAAAUUCAUUUUUCUGGCUAUGUAAAAAGAAAAAAAAAUUGAACAGCAAAUCUUUAAGUAUGCAAAACGAGGAACGGUCGGUACGUACUCACUUCCGAAGCCGAACACGCGACUUUUACUUCCUGCGACGAUACACUUUCCUCAACCGAAUGUCACCUGCACGAGUUUGUUACUUCUCUCAUAAGUAUGUUGAGAACACCAUGCCGGCAAAAAUUAUUGAAUCUUCGCCCAAAUUUUGA